UGAAAAUUUUGGUGGUUCUCGAUUUUUUGGAAAAAUGAGCGAGCCAGAGCUUGAAAAUGACGACAACGAAGCCCGGGAUCGUGCCCGAUCUCGUUCCCGUAGUCCGCAGGUACGUCGUUUGUGGGUUCAGGAGUUAUUCCCGAACCGAAACGAAACCGGCAACUGGCUACUGACCGACAUCACGACAUCGGGUAUAUACGAGACGAUGAACCGAUUUUUAAGGAUGAAGAAGGAAGAUUUCGUCCAUUUGCUGUUCCUUGUUGGUCCAAAAAUUGCGAAAAUGGACACAGAUCUCCGCAAAUCAAUCACGCAUGCAAGCAAUCAAGCAAUUUAUCAUGACGCUGGUGGUGGAUACGUGAUCCGGGUGUCGAGGCAUACUAUCAGUAAAAUAGUCAAAGAGACGUGCGCAUGUCUUAUUGAGGCUUUGCAGGAUUAUGUCAAGCUACCCUCUACCGAAGAAGAAUGGCUUGCAAUAUCAAGACGAUUUGGGCAGCGCUGGAGAUUUCCUCACGCAAUAGGUGCAAUCUAUGGGAAGCACGUUGAAAUUAUUUGCCCUCGUAAUAGCGGAUCCAAAUAUCACAACUAUCAAAAAAAUGAUUUGCUUUAG